AUGAGCGAAGUGCCUUUCGAGCAUAAAGCUCUCACGCGGCAAGUAUCUCUACGAGCCACUAUCGCAGGUCUGGCGAUUGGCUCCCUAGUUUUAAUAUCGAAUUUUCAGUUCGGACUCCAGACAGGAUGGGUUUCCAUGAUGUCACUGCCAUCGGCUUUGCUGGCCUGCGCAAUUUUCAAGCAGGUUGUGCCGCUGUUCUAUCCCAAUGCAGCAGUAUUUACGGACGUCGAAAACGUGUAUGUGCAGUCGCUAGCAGUGGCUGUGGGCACUGGUCCCCUAGCUUACGGGUUCGUUGGAGUCAUACCGGCUAUCGAGAACUUUUUGACGGCCGAGGAAUCAGGAUAUACUAGGGAACUAGGACAGCGGUUUUCGUUCCAACAACUGCUUCUCUGGUCGUUGGCCCUUGCAUUUUUUGGCAUAUUUUUUGCCGUACCCUUAAGAAAGCAAGUUAUUGUCCGAGAAAAGCUUCCAUUUCCGAGCGGCAGUGCUACUGCAACCCUAAUAGCUGUUUUAAAUGGAUCUGAGAUUCUGCAGGAAAUUUCGCCAAAAGAAUUAGAGGAAAUGAGAGCUCGUAGGCUCCGCGAAUAUAGCGAUGUCCUUGCCAACGAUGAGCAAACUCCACUAGUGGAGGAACGAGUGGGUAAUAGUGCUGUCGAGGAAUCUGAGGAAAGCAACGGGGGCUCAUCAAGAACUUGUCUGGAUUUCGGCUGCCCUGCAUAUGAGGCAACGCCAGAGCCAGCACCCACCGCGCAUUGCGGCUCAUACGAACGCAACAUCUCCAUCUUGUCAAAGACAUUUCUGGUAUCGUCCUCGUACACAAUACUAUCAUAUUUUCUACCAUUUAUGAAAGCUAUUCCAGUUUUUGGGCAACACCUCUCCAAGACUUAUCUUUGGAAUCUGCAGCCCUCUCCUGCUUAUAUAGGUCAGGGAAUCAUAAUGGGGCUUCCCACUGUGAGCUACAUGGUUUUCGGAUGUGUGCUGGGCUGGGCUGUGCUCGCUCCCCUGGCACGUCACAAAAAAUGGGUUGAUCCCAAGGCAGAUAUCAACGAUUGGGAAAAUGGCGUACAAGGCUGGAUUUUAUGGUCUUCUCUUGCUGUAAUGGUAGUGGAUUCGGUUGUGGGCUUUAUUGUGUUCACCACUAAAUCACUAGUACAGUUUUGUCUUCGCAAUGACAAAAGGCAUUUGCUAGAGUCAAUGAUCGACGAUUCUGUUCAAUCCAUGCUGCUUGAAGAAGAAAGAAUAAUAAAUAAAGGGAACGGCGCGGGACGCAGGCGGGUGAGCACCGUUAAACUAGUAAGGACGGAUAUGGAUCAUGAAGUUGAUCAUCGCCAACUUGUAAAAUUCACAACAGUUGUUAGCGGACUUGUCGUGUCUUCAAUCAUUUGUAUUGUUUGCACACUUUACCUGUUCGGCACUGAGAUUGUGCCCUUGUCAUCAGUUAUCAUUGCACUUUUCGUGGCCCUAUUUCUGUCCAUAUUAGCGGUCCGAGCUUUGGGUGAGACCGACCUCAACCCCGUUAGCGGUAUCGGCAAGCUGUCACAACUAAUAUUCACCAUACUGAUGCCUCAUAAGAAAGGGGCUAUUCUUUUGAACCUGGUGGCAGGCGGUAUUGCCGAAGCAGGCGCACAACAAGCAGGCGAUUUAAUGCAGGAUUUGAAGACAGGUCAUCUUCUCGGAGCUUCGCCUAAAGCCCAAUUUUUUGCUCAAUUGAUAGGUGCUUCUUGGUCUAUCGUCUUUUCAAGCGUCAUGCACAUUUUUUACAACAGGAUCUACGAGAUCCCAAGCAGUCAAUUCAGGGUUCCAACUGCUGUAAUAUGGAUUGACUGCGCCCGCUUAGUGACCGGAAAGGGUCUUCCCGACAAAGCGCUGGAAUGCACUAUCAUAUUGGGAAGCAUAUUUGCCAUCUUAUCUCUAAUUAAAAACCUUUAUCGCGAUCGCGGUCACAAAUGGCUAUUAUGGAUACCAUCCGGAGUUGCAGUGGGUGUGGGUAUUUAUAAUGCGCCAAGCUUCACCUUGGCUAGGUUUAUCGGGGGCUGCACGGCACAAUACUGGCUUCGUACUCAUGGCAGUGAUAGUAGUGCGAAGACUUGCAUGAUAGUUUUCAGUUCAGGACUUGUUUUAGGGGAGGGAAUCUGCAGUAUUUUCAACAUGAUUUUUACCAGUUAUAACGUACCACAUUUAUAA